GGCAACUGGAGGCUGUUAUUGCUAAAAUGACAAAGGAAAACGCUUCUCUGUUGUAACUUGUUCUGUCAGUCUCCCGUAAGCUGCUGUUCUCACAUUUACCUCCCUGGGUUGGGUUUCUGAAGACAAUUGUUUCAUGCUACCAAGUAGAAAGCACUUAAAGGAAAUGUAGUUUAAGAAAGAGUGAUACAUUUAAGUUGUAUAUUAAACAGAUUCAAACAAGCUCAAGAACAUUUCAAGUGAGGUUAACUUGUUGGGCUGGUGAACAGGAACGAACUCAAGCAGUGAAGAAUAGGCAUGGGGAUACUCUAUUCAGAGCCCAUUUGUCAGGCAGCUUAUAAUAACGAUUUCAAUGAAGUUCAGCUCCUUUUGGAGCGCAAUAGCAACUAUCUGAACAUCCAGGACAGCUUUGGUGGAGACACCCCCUUAAUCUGCGCAUGCAAACAGGGAAACAGCAGGAUAGUUAGCUAUCUUCUAAAAAGAAACGCUGAUGUCAACCUCAGAAACAAGAAAAACCGCACGUGUCUGCAUUAUGCUGUGAGAAAACGGUUCACCUUCCUUGACUAUGUGCUCAUCAUAAUCCUCAUGCCAGUUAUGCUUAUUGGAUAUCUUCUCAUGGUCUCGAAGACUAAACAGAAUGAAAACUUGAUCAAGAUGUUGCUUAGAGCUGGAGUGGAUGUUAAUGCUACAGACUUUUCUGGUAGCACAGCCCUUCACUAUGCUUGUGAAAUGAAAAACCAGGCAGUUAUUCCUCUACUCCUUGAAGCUCACGCAGACACUUCUGUAAAGAAUCAGGGUGGGGAGACUCCCUUAGAUAUAGCAAGACGACUGCAGUUCCACAACAUUGAAAACAUGCUAAGGAAAACUUCCUAG